GAUAAGGUUAGGUUUCGCUAGCAGCUAUGACAAUAUAGAUUUGAAGGUAUAAUACAAUUAUACAAGUAAAUGAUUAACUUGUGAAGUGAUCAUUAUAUAAUAAUGUCCACGUGGUCUUUUCAUUUUACAUCGUUACUUUGUUCACAUAUAUGUACAAAAUGUUAAAUUUUUAAAGUAGAUAUUAUUCCUAAUUUUUUCAUGUUGAUUCAGCAAAUAUUUUAUGAUAGUUAACUAUCAUUAAAGCAAUGAUUUUUUAUUUAUUAAUCAAUUAAAACAUUUAAUUAAUAUAGUUUUUAAUUAUGCUUUAAAUUUGCUCGAUGUUCGUCUAAAAAUGUUAAUACAUUAAAAAAAAGCAUUCCAUUAACUGAAAAUGUUACAAGAAAGUAAAUCAACAUCAUCUAUGAGCACGAAAAACUUUUUUCUUACUUCAUUAAUCUCAGGUGCUCUCGCAGGAACCAUAUGCGAUUUCAUAUCAUUUCCUUUGGAUACGCUUAAAACACGAUUACAAAGCCAACAUGGUUUCUUAAAAUCUGGCGGUUUUAAACAAUUGUACAAAGGUUUGGGGCCCGUAAUGGUAGGAUCCGCACCCUCGGCUUCCUUAUUUUUUUUAACUUAUGAAAGUUUUAAAAUAGUAUUUGAACCUCAAAUAUCCGAACAAUAUCAUUCAAUUAUACAUAUGAUUGCCGCGUCAGUGGGAGAAAUGGUUGCAUGUCUUAUUCGAGUCCCAGUAGAAGUAGUGAAACAGAGAAGACAAGCAUUAUUAACUGAUCCGCAUAAAUUACCAUUGAGAACUUUAUAUCGUGGCUAUGGAAGUACUGUAAUACGAGAUUUACCAUUCGGUUUAAUUCAGAUGCCACUUUGGGAGUAUUUUAAGUUUCAUUGGAAAAAGCAUAUGAAACGUGAAUGCACGCCUCUAGAGGGUGCUCUUUGCGGAUCGCUAUCAGUUGCUAUAUCUGCAAGUAUAACAACACCUUUAGAUGUUGCAAAGACUAGAAUAAUGCUAUCGAAUAUGGCGAUAGGAAAAGAUGAAAUAAAAAUAUCUGUGAUGUUAAAAAAAGUUUAUUGCAAUUAUGGUUUUAGAGGACUUUUUGCAGGCUUUCUACCAAGAGUCGGUGGUUUUACAAUUAGCGGAUUCAUAUUUUUUGGUGUGUACGAAAAAGUUAGAGAAAUUUGCAUUUCAAAUUUACCACCAUAAUGUUACAAAAAAUAUGUUUAUAAAUACAAAUCACAGUUAAUAUCUAAUUAAAUAAUACUAUUACAUGAUUAAAAUAGAACAAGAAAUGACAGAAGAUUUCAAAAAAUUAAUAGAAAAGCAUAUUUAUGAUAAGAAUUUUGCCUUUGAAUUGAAGUAAUUAGAAUUUAGAAAUAAUAAUUUUCAUUCUACAAUAUAUUUAAAUAAAUAUGGACAUACAUAUUUGAAAAAACAAAUAA